GCGCUGUGGCGGCGCGGCCCCCCGGCGGGGCGCGCUCUCUGAGCCCCGCGGCGCUGUCUCGCAGCCUGUCCCGCCUGCGCGAGCACCGCGCCCGCUCGCGGGCCAUGCUGGCGCUGGGGGUCACGCAGAUGCUGCUGGGCUGCCUCAUCGUGGCCGUCAGCUUCGCCGCUCUGGCGCUCACCACCUCGGCCCGCGUUCGCCACUCGUGUCCCUUCUGGGCCGGCUUCUCGGUGCUGCUGUCAGGAUUGAUUGGUGUUGUUUCAUGGAAGAGGCCCCUUUCACUUGUGAUAACCUUUUUCAUGCUGCUCUCUGCAGUGUGUGUAAUGCUGAAUUUAGCUGGUUCCAUUCUUUCUUGUCAGAAUGCUCAGCUAGUAAAGUCCCUGGAAGGAUGUCAGUUGAUUAAAUUUGACAGUGAUGGUGUCUGUGUUUGCUGUGAAAUGCAGCAUCAAACGUCAGGUUGCAGUAACCUUGGAGAAAUGCUGAAACUGAACCCUCUGCAGGAAUGUAAUGUUGUGAGGUUGACCCUAAAGGACCUGUUGUUCAGUGUGUGCGCUCUCAAUAUCAUCUCCACCAUUGUCUGUGCUUUGGCAACAGCAAUGUGUUGCAUGCAGAUGGUUUCUUCUGAUCUUCUGCAAAUGUUUCUGCCGCAGCGGCCACAUUCUGCCAAUGCAGACUGCAUGACUCCACAUGGGACAGUUCUGCAUCAAACUUUGGAUUUUGAUGAGUUCAUCCCACCAAUACCACCUCCACCCUACUACCCACCAGAAUAUACCUGCACACCUGUGGUAGAGGCACAGAGAAGUCUCCAUUUGGAAUUUCCUCAUUCUCCAUUCAGUGCUUUAUAUGAAGUCACCAUUAACAGCCCAGGAAUGCUGUAUCCAACUGAGCUGCCACCUCCUUAUGAGGCAGUGAUUGGAGAAACACCUGCCAGUCAGGUCACUGGUACUGAUCAGCAAGUAUCUGAAUCAAGCUUGGGUGAGAGGAAUGCGACCCUGGGCUUCAGCACACAAGUUUCUGUGGAGAGCACCUCAUUGAUAACCUCUGAAACUGCCGAAAUCCCAGACCACAGCUGCUCCUCUGAAGAUCUUUGUUCGCUGGAAGUUCAAGGAUCUCUCCGUUCUUCAGAUUUUUCUCCCUCCUGUACAAACUGCAAAGGGGCUACAGGCCAGAGCUGCAACAGUCUGGACUGCAGCACGCGCUGCAGGUUCCAUAGAACUCGCUCAGAAGGUUUUCCUGAUGAGGAUGUCAGUUUGCACAGCAGAAUCUCUAUGGACAAGUCUCAAGGACAGGAAAAUGAAAACUCUGCCCACUGCAGAUCCUCAGACUGUUCCUCAGAGAAUUUCAACCCCUCAGAAAGAGAACUGCAGAGUACUGCUCAAGAAGGCAGUGUCUCGUCACAUUUGAAACAAAUGAAAAUCUGCUGUGGGGUCUUUAGCCAGCCUUCUGUCCCUUCCCACACCGCUCCCUGUUUUGGGCCUGCAAAUACUUCAUCAUAUGCACGCAGUUCUGAGAGUGCUGUCCAGCAGCAUCAUGUUACAGAACACUGCAUUUCAAAUAUUGUCCGAUCAACCAGUGAUCCUGUAUCUUGUUCGUCUUAUCUAGAAGGUGAUCAUUGUGCCUGGAGUCCUAUAUGUAGACAGCAUCAAGAUGCAGGAUCUUCAGCCACAUUAGAAACAGUUCCUGUUUCUGGUUCUCAUAUGGCUGCCUCUGCUUGUCAGCAUUCUUUGAGCAGUUUCCUACCAACUGGAAAACAGAGGGAUACAAGGAACAUUGAUCUACACUUAAAGCCAAAGGCUUUGCAAACAGUCUCAAAAGGACGACCACACUCUUUAGUGGACCUUAAGGCCUAUAAAGAUACAAAAAUUUUAGUGGCAAAAUUUUUGGAACAUUCAAACUGUAAUCUCCCUCCAGAAGUACGUCAUGUAGUGAACAGUAUACGAUCAGUAAUAAAAUCUGAUGAGAGACACAUGGAAGAAGCCAUCUUCAGUGCCAAUAUUAUAGACCAGGUAAUUACAAGUUCCCAGCUGGGUGUGAAUACCUCUAGAAAGCGACUUCAGGAAGACCUUCAUCUUCAGAGUUGUGGUGCUCUGAGCUCUCCAGUGGCCUUCUUACGCAGGUCCCGUAUCACUCGCAGUUUAGAGCGGGACAGGCCUCGCAGUUUAAUUGGAGUUUGCCAGGAGACCAGCCUUUGAAAAUACUGACAGGCUGGAAAAGGGCACUGCCCUCCUGAGCCACCGCUUUUCUCCAUGUUUUAUAGUGCUGCUGAAUAGAGAGAGUUUAGGACAAAGAAGGCAGAUCAGGCCACUGUUUCAACUGGCGUUCACAGGUACCAGUAAAGACAUACCCACAGUUUUUUGUUUUUUUUUUUUUAAUUUUAUGCCUAAUAUUAUAGGAAAUAAUUCUGUAAGAAUUCUGUUUAUUAGGCAUAAUCUUAACAGUCACUGAUAUUUGAAUUGAUUCUGAGGUAACAAAAAUGCUUUGUGUAUAGGCAGAAGGAAUACAGCUCAAUGCAGCACGGUGAUCUUCAUUAAAAAACUGUCUUCUCUGCAAUAUCUGUGCUAUGAUGGGGCCUUCCUGUCAGUCUAGACAGAUGUGCAUUGGAUGGAAAUCCCUGCUAAAUUGUUUCAAAAGACCUAAGCUGAUGCAGCACAUAAGGGAGGUGAAAUUGAGCAGAGCUCACCAUGCUGUGCUGUACCUAUUGCUUACUGAGAAGAAUCUGUUCUUGGAGGAAAAGAAAUGAGUCCUACAGGAAUAGCACCCAGUGAUGGCUGCUUCUGCAGCUACUGUCAAUGGUUAUAAUCAUAUGCCAAGAAUUAUUUGUUGAGAUCUUAUAGUUUGCUCUGGGCUAAAUGUAAGUAUGAUAAGAUGUGGCUUGUGUCUCAGCAAGUUUAUAAUUUAAUUCAGAAACAAAUAUAGUAUGUGGGAAGAUGGACAAGCUAGCAUAAAAUGAGGGUAAAACACUGUGGUUGAGCAGUAUUUUUUCUGUUUGACUACUGGUUUUCCUCGAAGUUCUCUUUGCAAAUAUCAGUGCUCAAUGAAAUCCUUACUCAAAUUCAGGGUGUCUAAUAUGAGGAAGGAAAAUAUAUAGAUCUUCAUUUCUUAUCAAACAAACAAAUAAAACCCACCUUCUUUAACAUUAUGAAAAAGUUUAUCCUAUGGUGAUACUUAUCUUGCAGCAGCCACUUUAUAAUGAGUGGCUGGGCUUCGGCCACAGUGACUCUUAAAUUGCUUCUGCUGGACUCUAAUGAUUAGAGGCACCAUCAAGACCUUUCACAGAAUGGGCAUCUUGAAUUUCAGUGCGUUGUUGUACAGGUUGCCUGCCUUCUAAUCGUAGCCCUAACAAGAUAAGCUGCAUUACACAGAUCUUCACCUGACUCUUACACAAAGCUUCUCAUUUAACUCACUGUUGAAAUUUGUUCAGUGCUUUUGGGGAUUGUAUGAAGCCGUGUGACAGGACAAGAGCAGAACGUGCCAAAGGAAACCCUAUACAUACAUUUUAUCAAAUAAAAUAACACAGGCCAUACAACCAACUGAAAUAAAAGCUUUCAGAGCAAAUGGAAAUGUUGCAUUUAACCCCACUGGCAUAAAGGCAAAGAUAAUGGCUUGUGUAUCUAUCUAGAGCAUUUUUUUUCUUCUGGGGCACUCAAAACGCUUUUAGUACCAGUUUCUAACAGCCUCAGACAUAGGAAGUGGUCUCUUAUUCUCAUUCAAGAACAUUAUCCCUCUCCAGGGAGAGGAUUCAGCUUCCUUUUUGUAAGCAUUAGAUAUUUUAAUGAGGUAGAAAAAGGAACAGAUGCAGAUCUCAAGUGGCUCUGACUAACUUCACAGAUCACGCUGUGCUAGAGGCAGAGUGCAGAUGUAAGGAAAUGCAUUGCACUUCUAGCACAGAUUUAUGUGGCUCCUGUAUUUGUGAGUGACUGAUGAAAACAGCUUGAGGCUUCAGUCUCCAGCCCACAUACGUGAGAUGUAUUUGGCUGGCAAGUUUAAGGCGAGCUGUACCUUAAGUAAAUGAGAUUCAGCCAGGACUGUUUACCUUGCUCUCAUAGUUGUGAAAUAUGGCAACUAUUAUUAAAAAAAGCAUAACUAAUCCGGAUCUUGUAAGCAAGAGCCUGUGCUCUAUUUACUCUGUAAACAGAGAGAAAAAAUAAAGUGAGCCAUACUAGUUGAAUCUACUCAGCUGUUACGUAUUCUGUAGUGUCUUAGGCAAGUUGCAGUGAAUCCCAUGUGAAACUUCAAUCCCGUCAGUUUUUGCCCAUUGUGUAUCAAAAUAUUGACUGUAAGACAGUUCAAGACAAAUUGUCUUCUCUGAGAAAAUACCUAAAUACAACCUAUUAAACCAGGUUUCUCAUCAUCUCAUACCUAUAGUUCUCUAUUUAAGCCCUGUGUGUUUUUUUCCUUUAAAAGUUUACACAAGUAUAAACAAAGGCAAGAAAGCAAGAACUAUUUAUCAGUUUGGUUAACUUUCACCUAGUCUUACUGUAGUUUUAGAUAGAAUUCUGCUGGAUGAGGGAUGGGUAGAUAGACUUCUCAGAGGAAGUGAAUGAGCAUCCCAGAGUUUGCUGAGAAGUGGUAGAUUAUUAGCAGUGUGGCUCUAUCAUAAUGAAGGAAACAAGAAAAUGAUGUGGUGUGAAAAGUUGAUUUGUGUUUGAAUAUGAAUUUUACAAGAAAUGUGGCAUAAUAAUUUUCAAAAGAUGGCUGAUAGGUUGCUUUAAUUCACCUUCCCAUCACACAACAUUUCUGCCACUUGUUUCAUAUCUAUGCACGAUAUUUUAGUUUUUUUUCCCUAAUGUUUUAAAGUUCAAAUUUCAGUUUUCUUUUAUAAGUGUUCAAUGAAGCUACUGCAGAAGCUUUCAAGAGCCAUGCAGAAUAUCUGCAAUUACUAAUGCAAGAACAAUUCUGCAAAUAUAAUACUAGAUUUGUGCAGUUGUGCUGUUUACUAACUAAAACUUCCAAAAGCUAGUUCCUGUACUGCUCCCUGAGGCACCAUUUCAGGAUUUGCAUGAAUUAAGCUAUAUGGAAGACACAAACUAAAGCAGUCACCUGCAGCAAUCCAAUCUCUGCAUCUUCCUGAUAUCCUAAAAAAACAAAUCCCAGAUCAAAUACUACUUCUGUAUGCUCAGGUUGUUUGUGGUCUAUUCACAAAGACAAUAGCUGUACAUUCUGCAUAGAUGAGAUAGGCAGCUUGAAAAGGAAUUACCACAAAACUGCUAUCAGAAGAGGAACAGAAGUAAGCACCAGAUGCAUGCAUAAUGAGGUAAUUGCACAGCAGUAGGAGAGAUUUAAUUAUACCUGAUCUGGCAAGCUACUUGUUUUUUCACUGUGCUAAUGCUAAGCCAAACAAAAGAUCAGGAUGUUGUUUCCCAUCAUGUUUAUAACAAUUGUUAGCAUUUAGAAGAAUGUUUUUUAGAAGUUAAGUGUUAAACUACCAGGAAAAUAUACUUUGCAAAGUCAUAUUUUCAAAUGUUAGUUGAAGUAAGGAAGAUGUUUAUCUGAGCAAGAAAUUACAGCACCAGAAUCCAGUCUACUUAGCAGCCUAACAAAGUUGCUAUUUUAUAUAUUUAAUAUAUUUACAUUAAGCUCUUCUUUUUGUUCAUUGGCUUUUAUAUCCAAACACAGACGCUUCAUAAAUGGAAUGUAUUUUACAAGCCCUUCUUUGUUUUCUAUGAAGGGUUCCUGCUGAAUUUGGUAAACUUCCUGUUGGAUGUCAUCUAAAUGUUACUAAUGUAAGAACAGUGAUUUGUGACCAUCCGUAGUGGUGAAUACAACAAACGUCCAGUAGAUGGAGAGAACACACCAUGAAAGGAAACAACCAAUGUGUGCAGGAGUGAGGCUCCAAGUGUAUAAGAGAUGGUCAGAUGGGACAGCUUGAUUGUGUCUCGGACUGUUAGCACCCUGCAAGGACAUAUGUUUCCUUUCCUCUGCCUUGGCCAGAUUCUUUCCCUGCAGCCCUGACCCCCCCCGAUAGUACUGUGACAGGCCUCCCAAAAGAGGUGAUAGAUGCACCGUAGUUCUGCUCAUUGUUCCUUAAAUGUAUUUUCUCUUUUUAUCAUUGCACCAGCUGUACAUACUGGACUUCUCAAGGAUGGCAAUUAGGAAAUAAAUCUCUGCCUCACACAAUGUGCUGCUCUCAGCAUCCUCUGUGCAAUCUUGGAAAAUCAGAUCGCAACACUUGGGAAAUGCUAAUGCUGAGUGCACUGCCAGUAGUGUCCAGACCCUCUAAACAUACAUGUAUGUAGGUGAAACAGGUUUAAAGGUGUGUAAAGGAGGACAGAAAUACUACGAUUGAUUUUCCUGUAUUUUCAUUUUUGUAGACUUCUGUCUACUCAAGUAUCAGAGUAUUAAUCCCAAAAGGGAUACUUUAAACCCCUGCUUCUAAAGGACAUCAGCCUGGGGGGAGGUAUCACAUCAGAGUAUUUCCAGCUGGAUAAAGCCUUGUAGUAACAUUGUUCACACCAGCCUGCUGUGACCACACAACAAUAUGUGAUCUUAGGUAGGAACACGUAGAACUUCAGUACAAUAAUUUCUCAGCAAUAGUUGUUAUAGCUGAGAAUCCACUAAGGAGCCACCUGCUUCCCAAAGCACAGUACAUCUCAUAGACAGUAUAAACAGGGACCUGCUACUCUUUUCAAGGGUGACAAACAAAUCUGGCAAAUUCAAUCAAUGAGUUCCACAGAACAGGGAACCACAGCCCACAGUCCCUUUUUAAUGCACUUUUCUGUGUGGAUAGCCUGAUUUUAUUU